AUGGGACGGUUCCUUAGACGUGUAGGGCCGCCUCCUCAACUGUUGGUGUUGUUUCUCUUUUCCACCACGUACUGCAUCAAUAUUCUGAACUGGAUUUUCUAUAUCAGAUAUCUUAGGGAUGAAGUUGAAGAGGAUGUGAUUGCCGCAUAUAUUGCCUUCUCCGUUAUCGGAUGUAUUCUGUUCUUCUUAUUGGCAUCUCCUCUUAUUUAUUGGACUUAUGCUCGUGCCAGUGAAAUCCCUCAAAAAAAUCGGCGGAAUGUUUUAUGCAUUGGCAUCGGUCUGUGUUUUUUCUUUCAUGAAUUUCCUUUGGGAUGGAUCGAGAUCUAUUUGGUGUGGUAUCAUGGAUGGAGGAGCAUUCUCUCGAGUAUAUCGUUUUUUAUCGUCUGGUUGUGUUUUACCAUUGGCUUUUUUAGCACCUGGUUGGGUUAUACUUGGUAUCUUAGCAAACGACUGCACUUUUACUUUUUACUACACUGCACGUCCAGACUUGAUGCCCGUAAUGCGAUAUAUGGUGCCAUCAGAAGCGUAGAUAACUGGAUCGCCUUUUAA